AUGUGCUAUACGCUACUGGUUGAGGUAUAAGUAAGUACAUUAGGUAGGAUGAAUAAAUGCAGGCUAAUAACCAUGUCCCUUGCAAUAUUGACAUGUGUAAAAUUAAUAUAAUUUUUUCGUGAAUUAAAGGUUCUUAUAACAAUUAAAUUGUUAGAUUGAUCGCCAUAAGGAGAAGUUAGCUGAUCUGUGUUUAAAUGAGCAGGCGUUGUCUGAAAAACAAAGGCGACUUGAACCCAAAACCUUUACAGGAUUUUCUAAAAGGAAAGAAAGAAUAAGACAGAUGACACCAUCAACGUUAUGUCCAGACAACUCUGAGAAGCUAUGCUCGGAUAUGCCAGUAAGAUCUGCCCAAAGAAGAUGUAAAGAAACACUGGACCCCUCUGAAAUUAUUCACAGAAACAGUGAAGGUAAUGGUACUCUCAUUACAAAUAUGAAAUAUACCUACAGGUAUAUUACAGAAUAUGGUCACAUCUGCCUAAAUAUGCGGAUAAUACAAAUCACUCCUAGGGGCUGUUUACAUGAGCCUCGGCUGACUGGGCUCCCCUGUUGGCUCAGCUGGGAUCUCAGCAAACCAAGCCCAUAAUUGUACACUAAAAUGUUACAUUUAAAGGAAAUUAGAAAGAGGUCUGGCGCCUCGGACUGAUGUAAACAGCCUCUCAGUGCUGGUAUAAAUAAUACUUGCUCACCUGCAUUCACAUUCUUACCAAAAAUCUCCAUUCAUUUAUAAUUUGUCUAGGUAACAAAGCUGCCCUUGAUGGUUUAUGGGUAAUGUUAGCCAAUAAAUGUUCCGAACAACAGCUGCAUUCAUAUGUUGAAGCAUCACCCAAAAUGCAAAAGAUUAUCCCCAUGGUAGUUAAAACCCAAACUAAAGGGUAUGAAGAGAGCCAUGAUAACUUGGUAAGAAGCUUGAAGGUCCUGUAUACAAAAGGACUUUUCUCGAAGGAAAAAUACAAAGCUAUAUGUCAAAGCAUUAUUUCAGUACCAUGCACAGAAUCUUCUCCUACAAUCACUAAUGCAAAACUUGUAUACUACGAUAAGCUUAUUGCAUUUGUUAAGUCUGUCGACAUUGACAAUAUCAAAGACUUUUCUGAUGCAUUUGUCAAGGCUUGGAAGCAUUUGAAGAUCCAGUUAGUGGGUCUUAUAGAGAUCUUUGUAGUUACCUUUUAGUAUUAGCAGAGCUAUAUAUCUUAAUUGAUCAAGCAUUAGGGUCUAAAUCGUUUAUUAGGCAUUUUGGAAGUCUGCCAAUAUAUGACUUUAGGGUUGCAUUAGGGGCUGAUGGUGCCCCUUUUGGCAAAGAAGAAGCUACAGCAUGGCUUGUCUCUUUCAUUAACAUGGCACAACACAUUCAAAGUGAAAAUGAUAAUUUUAUCAUAUGUGGGGCAAACUGUUCUGAAGGCCACAUAGGUAUGCAACAGAGGAGGUUGGGUGACUAUACCGGCAUGCAUUGCGUCUCAUUAUUUUCACAAUUGCGAUUUUCGACAAACGUUUAGUGAAAAGUUGUUGAAAUAUAUUGCGAUUUUUAUCUUUGAAGACAUCAUUUUUUCGAAGGUAUGUUUUUAUAUUUGUAUUAUUUAAGAACCUAAUUAAACUAUUUUUGACUUGUUUGGUACAGGAAUUGCUUUUUAGUUAAGUUGAUUACGUAUUGUAUUUAUGCUUGAUUCGGGUCAGUGGACACGCCACAAAAGUGGCUUUCAAAAAAUGCAGAAGCUACUUUCAUUUUUUUUAUGGGAAAUUAAAAUAAAACACGUCAGCGAAUUAAUGAAAGUUUAUUCUUUCCAUUCGUACUUUAAAACUCAAAGUAGCUCGACGAAAUCGACAAGUAAUCGCAGUUUGAAAAUGGGGUACUUUUGCUAUAUUCUUUCGCCAAGGGCGGGAAUUGAUCGCGCGGUUAUCAUUUGGCGCGAAGUAAAAACUACAGUAUGAAUCACUAUUUUCUUCAAAUUCUUUGGAACAAACUCAUACAUGUUUCCACAUUUAACUGUACUGAGUCUACUGACCGUGUUUCAGAAUCCUGGAUUACAAUAUUACUGUAAAAUAUAAUAAAAAUACAGUACGACUGAAGAUUGUUGUUCAACUGAAGAGCAAUUUCCGAUUUAAAUAUUGAAGUUUACACUGUUUAUUUUGUACUUUCCUAGCAGAAAGAUUUAUCAGACUCCUAUAAAGAAGUCCCCAGUAAAAUAUCAUAAAUGGACCUUUGAGAAAGAUAGGGCACUUACUGAAUUCAUAUCAAUUAUCAAAACAGAUCCAAAGUAUCAGUAUGGAACACAUGUUGAAAAGUGGCCAUUGUUUAACCCAUUAAGCUGCAGAGCUUCCCUAUUGACGAGUAAAAUGUCUGGGGUUAGACAAGUAAAAAAAAUAAGUAGGGCGCAUUGCGGCUCAAUGGAUUAACUAAAGACAUUGUCAGAUUUUUUGGUUAACCCAUUAAGCUGCAAAGCUUCCCCCAUUGGCAUUGAUGAGUAAAAUCGUCUGGUGUUAGACAAGUAAAAAAAUAAGUAAGGCGCAUUGUGGCUCAAUGGGUUGUAAUAUAAUGUGAAGAACUGUUUCUGGGAUGAUGGUGCCAUGCAUAUCCAAAUAUGCAGUACUUCCUCAAACAUUCUGCUGUCAAGUAUAAAGUUUGUUAGAGUUCUUUAUAAUAAGGGUAACUACCUGCAAAAUUCAAAAGUUGUUUCCAUUAAAGGUCCUAUUUGGCAAUUUAGUUGUUUUGAAGUUUCAAGUAAAAUUUUCAGGUCAUAGAGCAGCAGUAUGAUGACAUAGUGGGACAGGUUGGGUUAGGUAAAAAGGGCCCACAGUAAUUGGCAUAUGCUGUUGUGGUGACCCUGCCCUAGUUGGCGAAGCUAAUAAAAACAAAAAAAAAACGUGAAUAUAGAGUGAAAAUGUGUCCUUAUCAUAAAUUAUACCGCUUUAUCUGUUGUUCAUACUUUAUAUAGAUUGCCGUCUACGAACAUGAACAACUGAUUGCUACAGAAAAAAGUUUGCAAGAUGCUGACAUCCAUUAUCGUUUGACCCAAUCUGACGGUUUAGCAGAACUUAAAUCUAAGUAA